GGGAUGGAGCAAGUGGUAAUGGAUAUUGAGAAAAAUUUGAAUUGGCUGUUGACGUACGUGGAGGGCGAGACAGAGUCGAAGGUGCUAACGCCAAAUGUUAUUAUGUGGGGAGGAAACGCAUAUCCACUCGAGGAACUGGAAACAGACACAGACAAGUUGACAUCGAUGAACAGGCAGCUGAUUAAUGCAAGACAACAUGCAUGGCAAUGCUGGAAAAGGGAGUAUAUUCACGCUUUAAUGGAACGCAUUGGACAAAAACGAAAGGCGGGAGU